AGGGAAUCGUUCAUGUACCUGCUCCACUUUUGUAAUGUGUGAUGUAGCAAAGCUUAAUUUCAUCUGACUUUGGUGUAUAAAUCAAACUUAAUGGCAAUAAAAGUCUACUUCAUAACAUGCACCUGCGUGCCACUAGUUUCUUGCGCGAAUUAUGCAUGAUGGAACACGACGUGAGGUGAAUGUAUAUAACGUACAGUGACAAGAUGACUAAAAAGAAACUUAAACGUCUCAUUUUACUCCUACGAUCUGCAUAUAUGGUUCAGAUUUACGUUCUUUAAGGUAAACCGAAAGGUAAAUUACUACAAACUCAUGUGUGCAUGGACAUAGGAGUGCCAAAACUAGAAGAACUUUGGGAUAGCUGUGUAGAAUUUCUUUAAGUGUGACACAAAUUAAGUUGAUACAUCUCGGUCUGACACUUUAUUCCGUUUAGUUAAGAAAGAGUGAUUCUCAAAGUAUUCUCUUUGACGAAACGAAGGUUCCAAACGCAAUCAAAUAAAAUCCACCUCUCCUCCCACAUCCAUGGACAAGUACAGAGUCACAUCAUUGGGCAUAUAUUAUUGUUGGUGAACUUAAAUAACUCUCAUCUAUAUAACCUUGCAAAUUUACACUGCAGUUAUUUCCCCCUCUCUCCCUCGCCCACCUUGAUUAAGGGUCUCCCUGAAAUAAACAUCCUCUGUCAUAUCCUGAAUUUAAAAUUAAGUUCCUUGGACACCAACUAGAGGAUAACCAUUAAUGGAAAAACUGGGCCAAAAAGGGGGAUUGGGCUUGCAAUAGUUGACUCUAUUAAAUUUUGCUUUCAAUUUAAUCCUUCUUCAGCUAUCAAUAGAUACAUGUAGACUCUGAAUUAUUGUGUGUGUUCUGAAUAAGCUAUGAAAGGAAGCAAUCAUACAGAAAUGUCAAGUAUCCAAUACUAAAUGACCUUUGUAGUACAAAGUGUGUGAUUUAUUUCUUAUUUUCUGCAUUCCAAUAAUUUGUGGUUCUGCAUUAUUAGGGAUGCAAUUGUCCUGAGGGAAAUACUGCACAGUUAAACAAUAUUCUAUCUGAAUGAAUUGUGAAUAAUGAGAUAGCUGUGCUCAACACAAGACUGCAAACAGAUUGUCAGGUGAGAAACAGAGACCUUCUUGCAAGAUGUACUGCACACCACCAAAAGAAGUCAAGGGACUGGUGUUAUUCUCUUUGAUGCAAUUUAAUGUAGGUAAUAAUUAUUCUAAAGAGGCUAAAUAGUUCUGUACAAAAUGCACAAAUUUCAAUUUAAUUUCAGAGUGUGGAUCAUAGCUUACUUAUUUGGAUGGGGACAUGAUCAGAAACUUGUAUAAUAUGAUAUACGUAUUUAUUUAGUGUUUACUUUUCUCAGGGCCUGUCAAAUGCAUAGCAAGAGAAUGGAAUUAAUGCCUCAGCUGGUAUCCAGGUAGGGUAAGGAAUAGUUGACUUAGAUUGAUACAUCAUAUGAGUAAAUAUGCACAGUGCUCUUGACUGGGACAAUACAUAAUGAGCAGCAAUGGUACAAUUUGCCUAUGGUAAAGUACUACAACUAACAUAUAAUUUGUCAGCAGCUGUUAAAAGUUACCUACUGGUUUUCAUCUUUAGGAUGAUUUAUGCCCAGGCUGCAAGAGGUAAAGGAAUAUUCAUUUAGGAAUUGCUUAAUACUUAAUAUGAAUAAAAGUUAGUGCUAUAAGUCAUGGAUCCCCCUGACGAUCGUACUUGCUGAAACUUAAAGAUGUACAUGAUAUGGCAAACUCAGUACAUUGUGCAAUAAGAUAUUCAUUGUAAUCACUUAAAUCACCAUGGAUACAAGUUGUUUUCACUUGCAGUUGUACUCUUUUCUUUUUUGCCUUUCUUUUGCCCAUCUUGAUUUCACGAAACAGUGUAAAAUAACAAGCACUAACUCUAUUUGUGAUCAGUGGAAAAUCAAUGGAGGCCAUUUUUUUUAUGAAAUAUUGUAUAAAUCUAUCAAAAAAAUUCGAAAUACCAAUCUUGGUAACAUGCAAAAUGUUUAUAAGUUAUAGUCACUGAAAUAUCAAUUUCUUAAUUUUUCCAUAUUUCUUUGUCAAUUGCAGACUUAAUCAGCAAAAGCAUUGGAACUAUGUAUAACAAGAGAACCAUGUCCAAAUGCCAAGAUCAUUAAAAAUCGGUGUAGUUUUGCUUGCAGUGAUCCUUCAGUCACCCCAGCUGUAAAUAUUAGUUUAACAGUAGCUUCUGAUGAACCUCCUUUAUCACCAAUCCCUGAAGGACAGUCAGAAUCAAAUUGUAACUCAGUCUCUUUUGGAGGAAAAAAUGCAUCUAUGGAACGAGGGUACAGUUUACAGUGCGAUCAGUAUAAUGGGAUUCUGUCUCUUGUUCAGCAGCAGAAGGUACUUUGGGUUACAAAUAGUAUAAUCGCUGCACUUAAGUCUCCACAUUUAUUUGCUUAUUUUUGUUAGUCACUCUUGGAAGAGCUUACUAUGUGUUUGAGUUUGAAGAGUAGUGUUGCAUGUAGUCUUAGAAUUAUGAAAUGAUAAUGUACAUGUACUGCUUAGCCUGUGUUUGUGCAUUGCUUUUCUGGUUUCUUGAAUUGGGCUUUUUAUUCCAGUACCACAGUUCUUAGAGUGGAUUGAGUUUCUUGUCAUUAAGAGGAAUUUUUUGCUUGUUUGACAAUUUGUGUCCAUCUUGAUCACUCCUGUUCAAAGGUUCCACAUGGAUCCUUAGAACUGACUGGCUUUUUUGAACUGUUCCUUUUUUUUUUAAAUUUUGAACAGAAUGCAAAUGCUUCAGCUUCUAAAAAAGCAAGUAGCAGUGCAGGUCGUAGCAAGCUUCAACCACCUGCUGUGGAUGGGGUAUCUGUGGCCUCUCUUGAUGAUAACAGCAUGGAUGAUUCUGAGGUGAGGCCUUCCUUAAAUAGAGUCAAUAUCUGAGAAAAUUAAAACAGAUUGCAGCUUGUGAAAUCAGGUUAUGUGUUAUGAGAUGUCCUAUGUUCACAGCCACUUGUGUGAAAUUACCAUUUAAAUAAACCUAAUUCUGAAAAUCUCCAUCUUUUUGUUAUAGAUGGCUAAAGUUUUAAGUAUUCAAAGAAGAGGUGCAGAAUUUUCUCUGGUCAAAUUAGCACAUCAUUUUGGAAGCUUGCUACCAUCAAAGUUACCCAAACUGUGGGAAGCAGUUGUGGGGCCUUUACAGCAGAUAACAAAUGGAAAUUCAUUUGGUGAGUACUGCACAUGGGCUCAUUGAACUUAAGUCAGGGGAUUUCAUACUUAAGGAUUUUUAAAAGCAAUUAAAUUUUUUCGCUUGAUUUGAGUGUUAGCAGAAUACUUUUGAAAUUUGUUAUUAGUGUUACUGUAGUUUGGAGUAGUGGUGUAUCUUAUAGAGAUUAUUCCAUGGAAAGUGCGCACAAACACAUUUAUUCCCAAGUUGUGAUGCAUCAAUUUCAUACAUACUGAGAUAUUUUUCAUACCGACCAUUGAAGAUUGGAGGCAAGCAACUGUGAUAAACAAUAGUACGGAGGAAAUUCCUCGAGCCACUCAUGGAAGUCUAGCUUACAUGUUUGACUUUUGAAAUGAUAUAACUAAUGUGUCACGAGAGAGACUGAAUAGUACAAUGUAGAAUUCCAAAGCAUUAAAGAUUAGGACAUAUUUACCUCAAUUCUUAAAUAUCUCUUUUCAUGUUCUUAUUUUCUUUUUGUCCUAGAUCCUGACAAACUUAUUGGUCUGGAUAAUGAAGCCCAAAAUCUGAUAAACUGCUUACAAGUUCUUGAAGUAUUGACACCUGCAAUGCAUGUGGAGCUCUUAUCUAAGGUAACAUUGAACACUACCAGCAACUUUCCUCGUUUUGGGUUUUCUCAGUGAGCUUGCAUGUAGUGUCAUCUGGAAAGGAGGUCUUCACAAGAUGUUGUGCUCUUUCCUUCUAGUGGUUACAAUGGCUUUGAUAUUCUUAUCAACAUGAACUAAACUAGUCCUAAUCUUUAUUUUUGCCUUUUAGAUUUUAGAUUUGCUCCCCAAUAUAGUACUGUGCCUUCAGCACCCUUACAGUGCAGUGCGACACUUGGCAGCCAGGUGCCUGGGUGUGCUGUGCACUGUGUCCACUGAAGAUACCAUGAAGACAGUGGUAAAGGAUAUCUUACCACUGAUGGGCACUGCUGAUGUUAUCAGGAACUGUCAGGGAGCUAUAGAAGCUAUAUCUUGUAUCCUUAAAAAGCUGGUUAUAAGUGCUGUGCUCGAGAAAGUUAUUGUAGUGCACCAAAACUAAUGCAAGGAUGAGGUUUCCGUCUAAAUUUAGCGUAUAUUGGCUGUGUACAGAUGUGGUAUGAAUGAUUCAAUUAAAGAAAAAUUUCAGGUCAGAGGAUUUUUGAUCGUGUCACAAUAAGAUUUACCUGUUCCCCUCCCCCCCCCCCCUUAGCUUUGUAAUAUUCUUAUUACUCCCCCCCCCCUUCAUUGGGAGUUAAUUUUCCAUAGUCCCCUAUAGACUGAUCCUCCCUCAAUUCCACCAGAAAACCGAGUGAUCCCUCCUAAAAUUCUCCCCCUUCCCCUCGCCCCCGAGAUAAAUGGUGACUGGUCCAUUUCUGCUCGCCAUUUUAGAGUGAAGCUUAUCUUCGCUGUGUUUUAACUAUACACACAUAUGUUGGUAUCCUUAACUGGUUGCUUUAUAUCAGGUGUAAUUGAUCGGCUCGGAAUGGGUGCGGUGCCUUACGUUGUUCUCCUGGUUGUGCCUGUGCUCGGACGGAUGAGUGACCAGUGCGAAGAUGUUCGACUUAUGGCCGCAUACUGUUUUGCCACACUUAUUAGGCUUAUGCCUCUUGAGGUAUUUAGGUUAACUUGUAGUUUUAGUAGUUUUAAGUCUUUCACUUUGACAAUGACUGAGCGCAUUACCAUGCUACAUUUUACGCAGCUUGCUAUUGUCUGCCUUGUCUUUUAUUUUGUCGGAAUAUACCCUGUCCAUCUAAGCGAGAGGUUUGACAGAAAUGUCAUUGUUUAAUGCCAUGGUUUGAUGGUCCGUGUACAUCAUCUUUGUUGUAAUGUUCUUGGUUGGAUGACACCUCUAAUGGGAACGGAGGUAAAAGAACAAAGAGGACAUAUAUCUCACAGCUUGAGAUUUGUAUGUGAUUCAUACUGAAGUGUUCGUAAUUUUAUUUCGACGGAGCUAGGAUAGAAAGACAUGCAGUCCUAAACUGGAACCCUUUGACUAUUUUAUAAGUUCCUUGAGUCUAUAUUCAUUUUCCCUAAUUUUCAACUGUUGUUUUCUGUAGUCUGGUAUUCCUGACCCGCCCCGCAUGUCCAAAGCUAUGGUGGAGCAAAAACAGAAGAAACGAAAAUUUCUGGAGCAACUUUUGGACGGUAAAAAGGUGGAGAAUUACACUAUUCCUGUUCCUAUCAAAGCUGAGCUGAGAAAAUAUCAACAGGUAGGGUGCUACAGGAAAACAGCGGAAAGAAAGCCUUUAUUCAUGUUGGAAUUAUGAACUAGUGAUCUGUAUUUGAAAUGACAUAUUGAACGGUGUGCGACGAGGGUAGCUUGUCUCCCAUCGAAGGUAGCACACAGUCUGCCGAAGCUCACUAUCAUUUACAGAUUUGAAGGGUGAGGGAACAGUUGGCAUAAAGUGCAAUUUAAACUGCAGCAUUUAGAAAACGUAACUAUUUGAUUUCAGUAAAGCCGAGAUAAGUCUACCAAAACUCAGUGUUGUCGGGUAUCUUGUUUGGAAUGCUCAGAUGUUUUUUCAGUGUGAAGAAUAAUGGGCAUUGCUAGUGUCAUCUGUUUGAGUUUCUUCUACUUUGUUCAUAUUUAGGAUGGUGUCAACUGGCUGGCCUUUCUCAACCGUUACAAGCUGCAUGGUAUUCUAUGCGAUGGUAUCCUUCAUUACUUUUCCUUUUAAAACUUCGGCCCAAAUUAUUCACGUACAUAAUUGACUCAUUUUCAUGUCACUAUAAAUUGCGUUCCAAGACCUCUCAAUGAUUGCAGGGUGCUGGAGGAGUUGAGUAAAGAACAGCACAGUUGAGUUCAGUUAAAUUCGAUAAAUCGGAAUAGCUCCGUCUGUUUUUUGGAUUCGAUUUGUAUCUUAACAGUGAGAUCAGACAUGGGACUUGGUAAAACUCUUCAGUCUAUUUGUAUCAUAGCAGGUGAUCACCAUGCAAAAGCUAUGGUAUACAAGGUACAGUAUUCGACUCCCAGGCAACGGAUCCAGUCUGGAUAAAGAUUGAAGUUGUUUUUUCCUUCUAGUUUCCUUAUUAGGGAGUGACAAGAGAUUAUCUUUAUUCUGGCAAAAUGUAGCAAUAACCAAGUCAAAAAGUUCUGAUCUAGGUUGAUUUUGCAAAUGAUCAGGAAUUCAAAAAAAAAAAAGAGAAACAAAACAAAACAGAGGAAAGAGUACUGUACUAAAAUGUUCGUUCCAUGUUUGCCGUGAUUAUUCAGAUAAAGUCCUCUACGUUCUCUUACGGUUUAACGUUACCAUAUGAUGGCCACUUUCUACUGCCAAACUUCUGGUCUUUUUUCGUUUUAAGGUGAUGAGCCCCAUUAGGCGCACGUAGUAAUUCAAACUAUUCGCACAUAGGAAUGGGUCCAGUGUUAGAUCGAAUUCAAAUCAGUAACUACAUCGCGGGACAAACGAGUGAACUUUCAAUCGUGUGAAUCACAGUUUCGACAUUUCUCUCUUUUUUCUGCACCGAAUAGGAGACGGGUAAUACUGAUUACGAACCUUUGCCUUCUCUCGUGAUUUGCCCACCAACACUAACAGGACAUUGGGUGUACGAGGUGGAGAAGUUUGUUAACAAAGAUCUCCUUAAACCAUUGCACUAUACAGGCCCGCCGUCUGAGAGACAGAGGUUAGUCCUGGGACUCUGUUUGGUGUUCGCUGACGGUGUGCAUUGCUUUCUAAGAAGUACAGGAAGUUGUUUGGUGUGUGUACAAAUACAAGUGUAGUUGAAAAUUCUGAGCGAGUAGUUUGAGGGGAAAUUUAAUAGUUAUAUUCGUUACUCUACGUAGAGGAAUAACUAGACCAGUUCUUGAACUGUUAGGAAAAGUGAUGCCUGUAGCAACCCGCGGCUAUGAUAAUUGUCCAAUUCUUAUUUAAAGUCUAUUAGAAUUUGUUCCCCUUUACUCGGCCACUGAAAGCGAGAGACAGGUUCAACAGGAACUUACCGAUCAAACUACACCCAUAAAACCUCAACAUUCGACUACUGAAAACAAUUUUUCUUCUUUUCUCUUCUUAGACUUCGUAACAAGGUCAAAAAUCACAGUUUAGUCGUGGCAUCGUACGAUAUUGUAAGAAACGAUGGUGAAUUCUUCAGGUAAGGAGAGUUACCGAAGUGUAAUUGAAAAUACACAUUCUUAAGUCACAGCAGUUAUUUCAACGGAAUGUCUCGUUUGUUUCGUCCUAACAGAUCAGUGCACUGGAACUACUGUGUCCUUGACGAGGGCCACAUUAUAAAGAAUGGAAAAACAAAGGUAGGUUACGUCUUGGUGUUUCCUCUAGAGAGCAAACGUUGAGGAGACCUGACAGGAAAAAAAAACUGGUCGAGACGAAGAUAUCGUUUAUUUGGCAUUCUCUAUAUGUUAUCUCUCUGACAGAACUUAAACAGGUUUUCUUUUUUAUCAUUGAAGUUUCAUUGAUGGUUGUUGCUUGAGAAUGAUUUGGAAAGGUCUGAAUGGAACGGUAGCGAUGUAGUCCAGUAUUCAAAUUAAAGGCGGAUGGUAAGAAGUUCCUACAAGUAUCAGCCCCUUUGAGCAGUUAGAACGGAAUCGUAAACAAGCUCUUUGUAAUGCAUCGUCAUUGAUGUCGACAUUGGUCGUGGUGGGCGGCUUAAGUUCUAGUUUUUCAAUUUGAUUUUUUUUGUUUUUCCUUCUAGCUUGCUAAAGUUAUUAAGCAGCUACGAGCCAGCCAUCGACUUAUACUCUCGGGAACACCAAUCCAAGUACGAAUUGAGGGGCUUUUAUUAAGAAAAUGAAGCUUUGCGAUUUAAAUAUGGGAAGAUGACUAGUCAAUGCACCAACAGUUGUUCCACAUGUAGAUCCUAAAGUCCUCUUCGUUUACAAACAAAGAAGUGGAUAAAUGUUUUCCUCUGCCUCGUAUACUUUUAGGAAAUGUCAGCAGCUUCUGUCGAACAGCAAAACGUUGUUCAUGUUUCUGAAAUAUUCUACGUCACAACAUUAAAAAUUGAGACAAUUGAGACAUUGCUCGUUCUAAUGUGUCGUUCAUUUUUGUUUCAUUCUCACCAUACUCUUUUGUUAUGAGUUAUCUUUCCGAAUAGUAGCGUAAUUUUGUAGUUUUUUUGUAUUGCUUUACUUCGUUCAGUCUUGUAAAGAUUUGAUACGGUGCUUUACGUUGACAUGCUUAUGUUUUAUUUUCAGAAUAAUGUCCUGGAGCUGUGGUCAUUGUUUGAUUUCUUAAUGCCUGGUUUUCUCGGAAGUGAAAAGCAGUUUCAGUCUCGGUUUGGUAAACCAAUUCUACAGAGUAGAGACGCAAAAUCGUCCUCUAAGGAACAAGAAGCUGGUGAGUGUCCGUGAAUUGAGUACUUAGUAGCUAACACAAAGCCUGCGUAGCUUUUGGUCCGUGAUGAAAAAUAAGGCAGUAGAAACAUUAAAUGAACGUCAGAGCUCCAAUCCUCUUUCCGCCACUCAAGAGUUCCACGAAGCCGCUAGUUACAUGUGUUAGCCACUUCAGCAGCCUGAAAUUCGGCUUAACGUUUGUUGAACAAAAAGGACAAUAGAUGUUGUGCCCCACCAGAAAAAAAGUGAAACCGGCCCCUGCAAGACGCUCUCGCUUUUCAGCUAUCAUAGAAAAUUUUGGAUGGUUUUACCCUUGAUUUUCUGCCGGCUUCACCCUUUUUAUUCCAAAGACCACGCCCUAAAGAAAGCGAGUUGUCCCUCCUCGGUAACGAUUUGGUAAAUAAGUAGAAAAUUGAAGGUCCUCUAGGAGUAGACUGUUCGCCUUUCAGUAAGAUUUCAUGGCGUUGUGGAUCAUAAAUGAGGUGAUACCGUGGUCUGUAUUGACACAUGUGUCCCAUUCUUAGGGGCCUUGGCCAUGGAGGCCCUUCAUCGUCAGGUUUUACCAUUCCUAUUGAGGCGCCUGAAAGAAGAUGUACUGCAAGAUCUUCCACCUAAGAUCAUUCAAGAUUACUACUGUGAACUGAGUCCGCUACAGGUCAGUCUGUUGCUAUGGCCAACAAUCAAAGUGCGCCACUGGGUCGAUUUAUAAUAGUUUUUGACAAGACUUGAUAGUUGUGGACAUGAAUGAAUAUUCAAGUAUCCAAACAAUAUUACAAGACAACCUACGACAUAUAACCUAUACACACAAGUCCUGUAUUCGGUGCACGCCUCCCCCUAGAUAUCGUCUCGACAUUAGCAUACGUAAUUAACCGUCACAACUAUAUGACAAGUACAUGACAUUUUCACAAGUAUGCCAUACCUAGACUGAUAUGCUACAGAUGGCUUCUCCACGAACAAAUCAUUGCCAGGUUUCUGUGAUGCACCCUGGUAACGAUUUUCCGCUUUCAACGCAUUUUUGGGAUAAUAAACGUGACGUUUAACAGCUUUUCUGUUACUCAGAGACUUAUUUUAUCCUCAGAUUUAA